AUGUCGAUCCACCACCGAAAUCUAUCUCCUGGCCGAGGUCGGCAUUCCAUGGUUGAUCCCAUGCGAGCGUCGACCGGUACGGUGCAGCUCAACUCCUCCUACGAUCCCUAUGACGCACCCCGGCGCUAUGAUUACGAAGACUAUCCAUCCGAUACUGGAUACGCCAGUGCCUACGGAUACCGCCCAGGGCGUUCAUCUAAACUAGAAGCCCACCCAGUUUCCUCCCGUCGAAUUCGUGAUCCGUCCACAUCCGCCAAAAAACGGACCGAAUACACUGUCCAACCCCGCACCAGGCACAGAAGCAACACGACAACGGGAGCAGAUCACUACGAGCCAUCAAUGCAUCUAGCUGUGCCUUCUACAUCCCGCCAGCAUCUCUCGCCAGUACAUCACACGGUUCACCGCCGCGAUCCGAGCCCUCUCUCAGGUUCCAGCCAUCAAGUACUCUCCGCUUCCCCUCGACACCCUGCACACCGUCGCAUUCACAGUACUGAUUAUGGCAGCGACACGGGCAAUGGUGAUUCAUGGAAUGAUACCAGGCAUCAGACAGGUCACAGUACACACUCGCACCGCGUCCAUGCGCCGCCGCGUUCCUCACGCUACCCAGCGCACAACUGGUUGAGGAAAGGUGACGAUAUCGAUGACUUUGAUGCCUACUCAUACACCAACGCUCGUGAGCAAUUUGACCGGGACUACCCUGUCAAACCACGCUCGUAUGGGCCAAGAACCUCAAUCGAUCGGCCGCUCAGUAUCACUGGUGCGGAAGACAUCCCCCAGUGGACGGCACGAAAAGAUCGUCACCACGGCCCGCCCCCAACUUCUUGGGGCCUUCAGAAGCUGGGCCGCGAACAUCACCGAGACUCGAUUCGUGGGAAAGAUGAUUCUCGGGAUCCACACAGAUCGAAGGAGGGUUUCCAUGAUCAGGCCCUGGUCGCCAUGCCCCACGACUCUGACGGCGAUUACACUCCCCGGCACGAUGAGCGUCGUCGUCGCCGUGCUCACAGAUCGCACCAUGAAGGUGAUCGAGAGCACUAUUAUCCAGAAGACCGUCAUCAGACGGCACAUGAUAGCGGGGCGCUCACGGUGAUGGGACUCGGAACAGCAGCUCUAGGAGGAUAUUCCGAUAUGUCGGACUAUGAACAUCACCGCCCAUCCCGACGCAAACACAGAAGCUCACACGGUGACCACGGUGCCGUCAAGCCCCCAUCGCGGGCCAUGUUGGAAGGAGCUCCAGGCACUGAAAGAAACAAGCAAACCUAUCUGGAUCCUGCCGACGCACGUCGCCACGGGCGAUCGCGACGACACUCCCGUCGACGGACGCACAUCGAUGAUGCCGAUACGUCAGAAGACGAUCUCCAAAAAUACAGACGCGAGCCCGCUCGCCGCAAAGUCAGCAGUACUGACACCGAAAGCGACCGCGACCGUGACUACAGCCGGGACCGGUCGCGACAUCACAGGCGUGACCGUGACCACUCGCGUGGAUACCCCUCUUCUCGCUCCCACCGCAUGUCGGGAGAUAUCCACGCCAUCGAGUCGCGGCAAACACCACCGGCUGAUAUGACCAAGGAAGACCCGAGAAGAAUAUAUGCUGUUGACCCGCCUGCGCCCACUCCGAAGGAGCCCGAGGCCCCUCCCAAGGGUAUUCUCAAAGCUCCACGUGAGGCAUUCCCAGAGGAGCCCAAUCCAGUGAGAGAGGGGGUUGCUCCUCUCAAAGAUGCCACCAAGCAGGGUAUCCCACCAGGCGCUCGGUGGACGAAGAUUGACCGGCGCUUAGUGAACCCAGAGGCCUUGGUGGCUGGGAAUGAACGGUUCGAGGAGCGGUCGGAUUAUGUGAUUGUACUAAGGGUUUUGAGCAAGGAAGAGAUCCAGCAGUAUGCUGUGAAGACACAGGAAAUCAGAGAUAUCCGACACAAGGAACAUGUGCAGGAAAAACUCAAGGCCAGAGGUGAGACACAACGCCACGGCCGUCGGGGCGCAGAGUCCUCCAGCGACGACGAGGACGAAGGCGAAGAUGAGCCCCCAAAGCAGCUCGAAGCGCCUCCUGCACCAAGCGCACAGAAGCUAUCCUUGCCGUCGCGCCCACGCGCCUCGAGCAACUCAAUGCACGAGACCGAGCGGCCUCGAACAAUGAACCCGUCUGCCGCGCCGGUAUAA